GGCCCUUGUCAAUCCUGGAUUAAUGGCUGAGAGAGAAAGAAAGAGAGAGAGAGAGAGGGAGGGAGAGGGGGAGGGAGAAAAAGAGAGAGAGAGAUAUCGCUGGAUAAGAAAAGGAGGGGGUGGGUUGCGGGUAGCUGGAAGCCUCCCACCUCUCUCUCUCUCUCUCUCUCGGACCCCUCCUCCCUCCCUCUCGCUUCAUCUCUAUCUCGCUUCUUCCCCCUUCCUCUCUCUCUCUCUCUCUCUUUCUCCCCCCCCAGUUUGGCUCCUCUCUCAUUCUCCCUCUCCCUCUCUCUUCUCUCUCUCUCUCUCCCCCCAGUUUGGCUCCUUUCUCAUUCUCCCUUUCCUCUCUCUCUCUCUCUCUCUCUCUCUCUCUCUCUCUCUCUCGCUCUCUCUUUCUCUCUCUCUCCCCCCUUUCUCUUCCUCAAGGGCGGCCGGACUGCGCCGGGGCUGCUUCCUCCUCCUCCUCCUCCUCCUCCUCCUGGGCACCUCGUUCCAAAAAGGGGAGUUCAUUUGCUCCGGAGGAAGGGGCCGGCUUUGCAAAGUAUAAAUAGGGGCCACUUCAAGAGCCUGGCGCCGGAUCUGCUCUGAACUCUGCGCGGGGAGGACGGGUGGCGACUGGCGGGUGGGAGGGCAUCUGCAUCCUCCUCCUCCUCCUCUUCGCUCCCUCCCUUCCCCCUCCCUCCCUCUCUCCCCCUUCUUCUUCCUCCUCCUCCUCUUCAUCUUCUCCCCCCUUGAUGUGGUGCUUCUCGGGGCCCUGGGAGCCGGCAGAGGAGAGAAGCCGCGCGCGGGGGGAGCGCCCAGCCCUUCCGCUUCAGCGCCGGCGAUGGAAGAACUGACCGCUUUUGUUUCCAAGUCGUUUGAUCAGAAAGUGAAGGAGAAGAAGGAGCUGAUCACUUACCGGGAGGUGCUGGAGAGCGGGCCCGUCCGAGGAGGAGGAGGAGGAGGAGCAGCAGGCAAGGAGGCCGGAGGAGCAGGAGCAGGAGCAGGAGGAGAGGACAGCACCGCCAGCAGCCCCAGCGCCGCCCGACUGGCAGCAGCAGCAGCAGGAGGAGGAGGAGGGCGCUCCCCAGAGCUGGAGAUGGGCGCCGUCGACCGGGGCAGGGACGCCGCAGGGACCCCCAAACUCAGCGAAGUCUCCCCGGAGCUGAAGGAGCGCAAGGAGGAGGCCAAGGGCAUGGAGGACGAGGGCCAGGCCAAGAUCAAGCAGCGGAGGAGCCGCACCAACUUCACCCUGGAGCAGCUCAACGAGUUGGAGCGGCUCUUCGACGAGACCCACUACCCGGACGCCUUCAUGCGGGAGGAGCUGAGCCAGCGGCUGGGGCUCUCCGAGGCCAGGGUCCAGGUGUGGUUUCAGAACAGAAGAGCCAAAUGUCGGAAACAAGAAAAUCAGCUACAUAAAGGAGUUCUCAUAGGAGCUGCCAGUCAGUUUGAAGCCUGCCGAGUUGCUCCCUACGUGAACGUUGGCGCUUUGCGGAUGCCUUUCCAACAGGAUAGUCAUUGCAACAUGACGCCCUUGUCCUUUCAGGUGCAGGCGCAGCUGCAGCUGGACAGCGCGGUGGCGGCCCACGCGCACCAUCACCUCCACCCGCACCUGGCCGCCCACGCGCCCUACAUGAUGUUCCCGGCGCCACCCUUCGGCCUCCCUUUGGCCACUUUGGCCGCAGAGUCCGCCUCGGCCGCCUCGGUGGUGGCGGCAGCAGCAGCGGCCAAGACCACCAGCAAGAACUCCAGCAUCGCAGACCUCAGACUCAAAGCCAAAAAGCAUGCGGCCGCCCUGGGCCUGUGACUGGUCCCCUGCCCCGCUGGGCACGUUGCAAUCCCGAGGGUGGAGAGGGGGGAGGGUUGCCCCCCAAGACUUGGCUGUGCCCCCUGAACAGAGGCCCCCCUUGACUCCCUUCAAGGGGCUCCCUCUCCACCCCCCUCCUUCCCGGUCCUCCAAGACUUCAAAAACUGAGAGAGACAAAAAAAGGUGGGAAAACCCACCACGUGCUGAUCACGGGCGCCAAAUCCCACCCAACCCAAUCCAACCCGCUCAGAUCAAUAGAAGGGGCCCUUUUGAAUGUUCUUCUUCUUCUUCUUCUUCUUCAAAUGGAAACGGGGAGGGAAAAAAGUCGAACCCAGAGGAGGAGAAAAGCGAGCCGAACCCCGGAGGGAAGAGACAGACUGAUUGAAAAAGAAUUAAGAUGAAAGAAGGCGCGCAGCUGGGAAGUUCACAGGUUUUGAAACUGACCUUUGUCUGCCGAGUUCACUUUAAUACGAGGAGUUUGAUAAGAGAGGCGGGCCUCCUUUUCACGCGUCGCAUCCGAUCACUUGAGUUUUCACAGACUGGGCAAACAAGCAGAGAUGAGAAGGAAAGAAGAGGGUUUUUUCUAAAAAAAAAAAUGAACAAAAAUUAUACAAAAAUGGAGGCGGGGAAGGGUGGGGAGGGCGGAAUCAUUGAAACAUAAGGAGAAGGAUGACAAACCCCUGCUUCUUCCUCUUCCAAUAUUGAUAUGGAGAACUGAUCGGGUGACUCGUCUUAGUAGAGGUCCGAUCUGCAUGUUAACUGGUUUCCUUUUAACAUUUUCUUUCUCUCUUGGCGUCCCUUCGGAUCAUUUUGCACUUCACCAUAAAUCUUUAGGGGGAAAAUACACCCGACUGUAUCACGAAUGGACUUUUCUGGCUUCAAGGACCCCCUUUCCAAAGAGAGAGAAGAGGCACAAUUGCACUGCAGAAUUCAUGUAGUUUGACACCCCUUUCACGACAUGAUUCCAUGCUGUGGGAUCAUGGGAGUUGUAGUUUGGAGAGGCACCAGCACACGUUGACAGAGAAAGCUAAGGAGUUCGUAAAACUACAACCCUCGGGAUUCCACUGCAUUGAGCCAUGGCAGUUCAAGGGGUGCCCAACUGUCUUAAUUCUACAGUGUGUAUGCACCCAAGGAGAAGAAGAGACUUCAGCUCACACCAGGCAACUCCAGAGCUCCUUUCUGGGAGAGUGUGAAACCUAGGGCCCUACCACACAGCCCUAUAGCCUAGAAUAUCAGGGCAGAAAAUCCUACAAUGUCUGCUUUGAACUGGGUUAUCUGAGUCCACACUCAGAAAAUAUGGGAUUUAUUGCCUUGAUAUUCUGGGAUAUAGGGCUGUGUGGAAGGGCCCCCUGAUAGAACCUAAAGAGCAUUAGGUUGCUGUGAGUUUUCCGGGCUGUGUGGCCAUGUUCCAGAAGCAUUCUUUCCUGACGUUUUGCCUGCUUCUAUGGCAGGCAUCCUCAGAGGUUGUGAGGUAUGCUGGAAACUAGGCAAGAGGGGUUUAUAUAUCUGUGGAAAAUCCAGGGUGUUGGAGGUAUGUGGGAAUGUUUCAGUUGGCUAUCUUGGUUAGCAUUGAAUAGCCUUUCAGUUCCAAGGUCUGGCUGCUUACUGGCUGGGGGAAUCCUUUGUUGGGAGGUGCUAGCCGUCCCUGAUUGAUUCAUAUCUGGAAUUCUUCUGUUUUCUGAGUGGUGUUCUUUAUUUAGUGUCCUGAUUGUAACACUAAAGGCAGUAAGCAGCCAAACCUUGAAGCUGAAAGGCUAUUCAAUGCUAACCAAGGUGGCCAAUUGAAACAUUUACACCUGCCUCUAACAGACAAGAUUUCUUUCUCCCAUCUUGGACAUUAUUUCACAGAUAUAUAAACCCCACUUGACUAGUUUCCAACAUACCUCACAACCUGUGAGAAUGCCUGCCAUAGAUGCAGGCGAAACGUUAGGAAAGAAUGUUUCUGGAACAUGGCCACACAGCCCGGAAAACUCACAGCAACCCACUGAUUCCGACCAUGAAAGCCUUCGACAACACAUUAAACAACAUUAAUGUCUGCUAGCCUCUGAAUGUUUACUCUCCAAGAAAUCCUAUUGGAUGCAGACAUCUAAGAGUCAAUAGGUUUAGGACCUAUAGAUCUGGCAUUUUAAUACAAGUCCUGGCUGUAAAAUUCUAGUUGGUCAUGAGAAAGAGAGAUUUGUUGGUGACUUCUCGCCUUCUGUUUCUUACCUGGGAUUGGACUUCGGCUUCCAAUUGAGCAGGGCUGCGAAUCAGGCAGGAAACCUAGGGAAUUCCAACAUCCACGACUUGAAAACUUUUUUAAAAUACAAAAAACCAAUCUUGAUUUUGUCAUUUCAAGGGGUGCCAUUUUACUCCGCCAAUGUAUGUAAUAGGACUUGAGCAUCUGCGGAUUUGGGAACCAACCCCCCCCCCCCCAACCGCGAAUACCAAGGGCUCACUAUAUAACCCCUAGAAACCCACCUUGACUGCUGAGCAGGCCUGCUGGUCCUUGUAGUCCAACAACAGCUGAGAGAUCACGCGAUUCCCAUCCCUGUAUGGACUAUAAGCACCAAUCAAUCCGGGAUAAUAUCCCAUUGAUUUAUAUUCCUUGGGGUGCGUCUACAAUGUAGAAUGAAUGCAAUUUGAUACUACUGUCACUGUCAGGGCUUGAUGCGAUGGAAUCCAGGGAGAUGUAGUUUUACAAGGCCUUCAGCCUUCUCUGCCAAAGAGGACUGGUGCCUCACCAAACUGCAAAUCCCAGGAUUCCAUAGCAUUGAGCCCUGGCAGUUCAAAUGGUGAGUAACUGCAUUCAGAUUACAAUGUCGAUGUAAAUCUACAUGGGUUGCUGUGAGUUUUCCGGGCUGUAUGGCCAUGUUCCAGCUGACGUUUCGCCUGCAUCUAUUACAGGCAUCCUCAGUUUGUGAGGUCUGUUGAAAACUAGGAAAGAGGGGUUUAUAUAUCUAUAUAAGGAAAUUCAAAGGUGGGAGAAAUAACUCUUGUCUGUUUCAGGCAAGUGUUAAUGUUGCAAUUGGCCAGCUUGAUUAGCAUUGAAUAGCCUUUCAGCUUCAAUGUCUGGAUUCUUCCUGCCUGGGGGAAUCCUUUGUUCUGAGGUGUUAGCUGCCCCUGAUUGAUUCAGGUCAGUAAUUCCUCUGUUUUCUGAGUGUUGUUCUUUAUUUACUGUCCUGAUUUUAGAGUUUUUUUUAAUAGUGGUAGCCAGGUUUUGUUCAUUUUCAUGGGUUCCUCCUUUCUGUUGAAAUUGUCCACAUGCUCAUGGAUUUCAUGGGCUUCUCUGUGUAGUCUGACGUGGUGGUUGCUAGAGUGGUCCAGCAUUUCUAUGUUCUCAAAUAAUAUGCUGUGUCCAGGUUGAGUUAUCAAGUGCCCUUCUAUGGCUGAUUUCUCCAGAGAAGAAAUGUUGGACCAUUCUAGCAACUACCAUGUCAGACUACACAGAGAAGGCAUUAAAAUCCAGAAGCAUGUGGACGAUUUCAACAGAAAGGAGGAAAUCCCAUGAAAAUGAACAAAAUCUGGCUACCAGUAUUUUUUUUUUUAAAAAACCCUCUACAAUCAGGACAGUAAAUAAAGAACAACACUCUGAAAACAGGAAUUCCAGACAUGAAUCAAUGAGGGCCAGUUAACACUUCCCAAUAAGGGAUUCCCCCAGGCAGGAAGCAGUCAGACUUUGAAACUGUAAGGCCAUCAAAUGCUAAUCAAGGUAAUUGCAACAUCCACACUUGCCUCCAACAGACAAGAGUGCUUUCUCCGAACCUGGACUUUUCACAGAAAUAUAAACCCCACUUGCCUAGUUUCCAAGAGAUCUCCCAACCUCUGAGGAUGCCUGCCAUAGAUGUGGGCAAGACGUCAGGAGAGAAUGCUUCUGGAACAUGACCAUACAGCCCGGAAAACUCACAGCAACCCAGUGAUUCCGGCCAUGAAAGCCUUCGACAACACAUUAAAUCUACAUCACUUGUACUCAGGGCUUCCAGCUUUUGAGAGCCUUUUGGGGACUGGUUCAAACAAACUUCUCAUUUUCUCUCUUUGUUCAGGAUCAACCUUGUCCUAUCGUCCACCGCUUCAUAAUACCCGUCCAGAAUACAAAGGAAAUAUGAUGUAUAUUAUGUUUGAAAAGGAUGUGAAUAUUUACAAACAUGUUUAUUUGAGCGAUGAGGAUCCAAGGGUUGACACAGUUCUGUCGAUUUUUUCCACCCAGGCUCUUAAAGGUGUAACCUUGCAAUAUAAAAUAUCUAUAUAUCUUUUUUUCCAAAAGGCACAGAGAACUACAAAGCCUUCCACAGCCAGACGCUUUCUUUUUUGCCAAGUAAAUGGGAGGAAAAUAAAAAGGAGGGAAGAAAGGAGGAGAGGGAUAUCUUUGCAAGUCGAACUCUGCUAGGAACAGAGCUUUGUAAUUAUUUGUUCUCCAUGAAAACAAAACCAGACAAAAAAUUAUUUAUAUUGACGGUAUUUUUUCUAGUGUAUUUUAAGUUAUUGGGGGAGGGGGGAGGGGAGAGGGAAGGAAGAAAAAAAAAGUCGGAGGGGAAAAUAAUAUGCGGUUCCUUCAUUUCUAUACAUGUUGUUGUCAGCACGAUCUAUUUUGUUCCACUCAGGUUUGCUUCGCUUUUUUGAUUCACUCAUUGUUGACGCCACCCGUUUCAAGAAGUGCCAAGUUAUGAAUAAAAAAAAACACUUUGCAAUCUAUUGAAUGAAAGAAAAAAGAAAGAGAGUAAAGUUUUAGCCGAUGGUUUUCGCACAACUUCUGUUCCUAUUAAAUCAGUAGUGCCAUUCUA